AUGGCACCUAAGAAGGAGAAGAAGAUAGCUGAGGACAAGCUUAUUCUCAAACGGGUUUUGGCAUCUCGAGAUGUGGUGGAAAGGUUUGUCAGGGAAUACGACCAUGAGCGGGAUGUUGGAGAAAUCGCCGUGCGGCUGGAAACGCUGAACAGAACAAACAAGGAGUUUCUGCACGUGCAGUCCGAGUUGGAGAAGCUAGAUGAAGAGGAGAAUUUCGAUCAUCAUAUGGCGGCGAAGCGAGAUCGGGAUCAUCCUCUCAUGCAUUCGACAAGGAUGUCAACAUCGGCACAGCUGCAUAAUACUACUACCUUUCAUCAUCGCUUGCCGAAGAUCGACUUGCCAAAGUUUUGUGGAGACGAAUCGCGAUGGAUAUCGUUCCGAGACAAUUUUCUAUCCAUGAUCCACGGCAACGAUGACAUCCCAACGGUGAAUAAGUUGCAAUAUCUGUUGCAGUCCUUGGAAGGAGAUGCCAGGAAGCCUUUUGAGUGUGUCGACAUACAAGCGGACAGCUACGCGUCAACCUGGGACGCCCUCAUGAAGAGGUACGAUAACAAGCGGUUUUUGCGGAAGGAGUUAUUUAGACGGUUAUUCGAAUUGGCACCGAUGAAGCGGGAAUCAGCACACGAGCUGAAUACGUUAGUCGACGAUUUCCAUCGGCACGUCAAGGCGUUGGAAAAACUUGGAGAACCCAUUAAGCAUUGGGAUACACCACUCACGUUCAUCCUCUGCAACAAGCUCGACUCCUAUACGUUGCGUGCCUGGGAGCAAGAAACUCGAAAGCAGGAAGAAGUCAAGUAUGACGAGCUGAUUGAGUUCCUCACGAAUCAAGUCCGUAUGUUGAAGUCAGUCUCCAGCGAUCUACAGAACCGUUCCCAAGGGUCCCACAUCAAGGUGGCCGGCCCAGUUCCGAAGAAAUCCACUACAGUCAGGUCCGUUGUCAACAAUGCCACCAACGAAGUCAAGCCAAACGUUUCACAAUGUCACGCUUGUUCGCAGAAGCACUUACUAGUUCAGUGUCCGACGUUUGCCAACCUAAACAUCGGACAACGUCGUGAGCUAAUAACCAAGCGAAGUUUAUGUUGGAAUUGCUUCCGUCCGAACCAUCAAGCCAAGGCUUGUAAAUCGAAGUUUUCGUGUAGAACGUGUCACGCCAAACACCACACGUUACUGCACGACCAAGGUACACCCUCCAAACCCACGUCAAUUCCUGCCGGCUCGUCGAAUGCGACUGCUCAACAGUCUUCUCAAUCCACGUUGACGAACGUGGGGACCGCUGGAUCGUCGAAUCCACCCGAAGUAAAUCUCCCCGUCCAAUCAAGUAGAAGCACGGUCCUAUUAGAAACGGUUGUACUAUCCAUCGUCGACAAGCACGGCAAGGAAAUCGCUAUCCGAGCUCUUCUCGAUUCCGCUGCGAUGUCUAAUUUCAUCACCAAGAAGUUGGCAAAUGCUCUAGCCACCCGUCAAGCCGUCGUUGAUGUUGCAGUUGCAGGAAUCGGAGAAUCUACGAAGCAGAUAAAGCGGCAAAUCUCCGCAACGAUCAAAUCUCGAACCAGUCCCUUUUCCACCACACUCGAAUUCCUGAUCAUGAAGAAGCCCACUGCCAAUUUACCCACUAUAGCCAUCAAUUCCGCAUCGUGGAACAUACCAAAGGUUCCAUUAGCCGAUCCCAAUUUCGAUACACCGGGCAUGAUCGACAUCAUAAUUGGCGGAGAAUGUUACCAUGAAAUCCACACCGGCAACCGUAUAUCACUCGGCGAAGGUCUGCCGUUCCUGGUCGACACCCUAUUUGGCUGGACAGUAUCAGGGAAAACUGCCAUCAAUUCCUCCGCCACGCCACCGGUCUGCUACCUAUCAACUGUUGAUCGGUCUCUAGAUAAUGCGCUUCAGAGAUUCUGGGAACUCGAAGCUGUCGAUCAUGGCCCAACGUACUCCACUGUAGAAAAACGAUGCGAAGAAAUCUAUGCCAACACUACCACCCGAACUCACUCCGGAAGGUACGUCGUACGCCUUCCUCGGUCCGAAGAUCCGCAAGUCACCCUCUGUGACUCUCGAGCAAUUGCCACCCGCCGUUUCUACAGCCUCGAGAGACGCCUUGAGAAAAAUUCCGCCUUAAAGCAAACCUACCACGAGUUCAUCGAUGAAUACCUCCGAGUCGGCCACAUGCGCAAGCUUGAUGUUGUUGAUGAUGCUGUUCCACACUGUUACCUACCACACCAUCCGGUGUUCAAGGAGAGCAGUACUACCACCAAGGUGCGUGUGGUUUUCGACGCCUCCUGCAAAACGUCCACCGCAGUGUCCCUGAAUGAUACACUCCUCGUCGGUCCAGUUAUACAGCAGCCUCUCGUCAACAUCAUUAUUCGUUUCCGGUUCCACGUGAUCGCCUUCGUCGCUGACGUGGAAAAAAUGUAUCGCCAAGUACUUCACCAUCCCGACGAUCAACAUUUCCUGCGCAUUCUGUUCCGCCGAACUCCAUCGGAUCCGAUCGACACCUACGAACUUCUGACGGUCACAUACGGCACCGCAGCAGCUCCAUACCUGGCCACCCGCACACUUUUACAGUUGGCUACGGAUGAAGGAGACAACUUCAAGGAAGCCGUUAAAGCAGUCAUCGAGGACUUCUACGUAGACGACCUCCUUUCCGGAGCAGCAAAUCUGGAGGAUGCCAUCGAGAAGCGUCGCCAAAUCACUGAUAUGCUUGCAACCGCUGGGUUUCCGUUGAGAAAGUGGGCCUCCAACGUGCCAGAAGCAUUGACUGGUGUACCAUCCGAAGACUUAGCGAUAAAACCGCUCCACGAUCUGCACGACGAUCAAUCCGUCUCAACAUUAGGCCUUGUUUGGGACACAAGAACGGACAUGCUGCGGUUCAAUGUCGAGAUGCCGCUCCCUGCAGCAAUCCUCACAAAACGUAAAGUGAUCUCCUACAUUGCCAGAAUAUUUGACCCAUUAGGUCUGGUCGGUCCGGUGAUAGCUGCCGCCAAAAUGUUUAUGCAACGCCUCUGGAAACUGAAGACUGAGGAUAACAGUCCCUACGAGUGGGACAGGCCACUUCCACACAACCUACAAGAAGAAUGGAAAAUGUAUCACGCCACUUUGGAUAUACUUUCCGAAUUACGAAUUCCUCGCUUCGUUUCAUUUGCCGAUGCACCAAUACUCCAGCUACACCUGUUUUCCGACGCUUCAGAAUUGGCUUACGGCGCAUGCUGCUACGCUCGUUCAGAGGACGACAAUCGCAUUCGCGUACAACUGCUGACUUCGAAGUCGAAGGUUGCGCCAAUAGCCACCAAGCAUUCCAUCGCUCGUCUGGAACUGAACGCUGCUGUCCUGUCUACCAGAUUGUUCCAGAAGAUAAACCAAUCAAUGCGAUCGUCAACCGAAGUUUUCUUCUGGAGAUUCAACCACCCCAAUCGAGUUUCAACGAUCCAGUCUAACACCGAAGGGUAUUCCUGGAAUCACGUUCCCGGAAUCGACAAUCCAGCCGAUGAACUAUCCCGAGGUCUGACACCGGCCGAACUACUAAACCAAAGCCGUUGGUGGAACGGACCGUCGUGGCUUUCCAAAUCGUCCGAUCAUUGGCCAAAUGCAAGCAUCCCCUGCGAAGAGUUUCAAUCUACAGCCGAAGAGGCACGCAAUGUUUCGUUAGUAGCGGUGCCUAGUGAAGAAACCUCAUUCGCAGAUCAGUUGUUCCUUCGUUUCUCAUCAUUUUCCAAAAUACGUCGUGUGGUUGCCUACUGCAUCAAGUACAUCAAUUCCCUGAAGGUUGCAGAACGAAGCUCGUCAAAAAAAGGAACAACGCUCCUUUCUACAGAAGAUUUGCUGGCUGCUGACCGUGCAUUAUCUCGUCUCGCACAGCAACAAACUUUCGCAGAUGAGGUAGCAGAGAUUAAAUCCGUCGGAACCGUGAAAGGUGCCCCAUUGAAAUGGCUGAAGCCACGCUUGACACUCGACGGAAUCCUCCGUGUUGGCGGACGACUCGAGAAUGCCCAUGCACCUGAAGCAAGCAAGCACCCAAUCAUCCUGUCAUCCAAGCACCCUCUGUCUCGUCUACUAUGCGAUCAUUACCAUAAGGCUCUCCUUCAUGCUGGUCCCCAGUUGAUGCUGUCCACAUUGCGCCAGAAAUAUUGGAUUCUUGGAGGAAGAGACCUGACCCGAUCAACCUACCACCAAUGUGUAAAAUGUUUCCGCACUAAGCCGCAACUCAUCCAACAGAGCACUGCUGAUCUACCAACGUCCCGUGUCACGCCAGCACGGCCGUUUUCCAUCUCUGGUGUGGAUUACUGCGGCCCGGUAUUUCUCAAGUCUCCAGUGCGGAAUAGAUCUCCGACAAAGGCUUAUAUAGCCAUCUUCGUGUGCUUCUCGACCAGAGCAGUACACAUAGAGCUGGUUUCGGACCUUUCCACUCCAGCCUUCCUCUCAGCUCUACGUCGCUUUGUUGCACGCCGCGGGCGAAUUUGUGAGCUCCACUCCGAUAACGGGACCGCCUUUAAGGGAGCAGCAAAUGUCUUGCAUCGCAUCUACGAAAUGCUGAAGCUCAACGACAGUGACCGCGAAUCCAUCACCAACUGGUGUGCUGAGCAGGAAAUCCAGUGGAAGUUUAUACCGCCACGCGCCCCAGAUUUCGGAGGAUUGUGGGAAGCGGCGGUGAAAUCGAGCAUCUCCUACGAGCAUCUCUCGAUCAGCUGGGAAGAUGUGACAACAUUGCUGGCACAAAUCGAAAUGUGCUUGAACUCACGACCACUAACUCCGCUUCCAACAGAUCCCGCCGACCUCCAAGUACUUACCCCAGGCCAUUUUCUUGUUGGUUCGAAUCUCCAAGCAGUUCCGUCAGCCAAUGUUACCGAAAUACCGGACAACCGUCUGGAUCACUGGCAACGAACCGAAAAGCAGUUGCAGCGUAUUUGGACAAGAUGGUAUCCGGAGUAUCUUGCCCAACUUCAAACCAGAGCCAACAAGGGUUGCAAGUCUCCAGUCAAUCUGCAGUUAGGGCGGAUCGUGGUCAUCAAAGACGAAAAUCUUCCACCGGCACAGUGGCCGCUGGGACGAAUUACGAAGCUGCAUCCAGGUAAAGAUGGAAUCGUCCGUGUUGUCAGCAUGAAGACUGCAGCAGCAGAGAACGUCGUGCGACCAGCCGCCAAGGUGGCCCUUUUACCUAUAACACCAGAUGACUACCAAACCACAUCUGCUCCGAAACAAGAGAAGCGUGGACGAAGGAAAGACAACUACAUCAACGUUCGCUCUGAGAGUAAGCCAUAUGUCACGUUUUCUACAAAAGACAGUCCCGUUACAGCUACAACAGCCUGUCCCGUUUGCAAGUGUGACUGUGGCGUCCCAGAGAAGUGUCACAAGUUCCUCGACAUGGACGUCGGUUCCCGCUGGUCAGUGGUUAAGGAGCAGAAUCUGUGCUUCGAAAUUCACAACUGGCUAUCUAACACCAAUGCCGUCGUCGAAAACUUGCACGAGAAUCACACGAAGGAGAGGGACGUGAGUUUUUCCGCAGAGAUGGCCACAGAAAAGGUGCUUGGAAUGUGGUGGGAUACCACAACCGAUACGUUCACGUUCAAGUUGUCACCUAAGUACGCUGUGCAGCUACUCUCUGGUUCCAGAAUACCUACAAAACGUGAAGUUCUGAUUCUACUACUGUUCUACGUGACUCAUUUGGUGACCGCCGACUAUCACCCGACUUACAGACAUAAAAAUCACCAUACAGCGCUGAAUCAGAUCCGAUUAAAGUAUUACAUAUCUCGUCUUAGAUCAGAGUUUGAUCGAGUCGGUAGAAGAUGCCAACGAUGCAAGAUUUUUAAAGCAAAUCCACAGCCACCAGCAAUGGAAAACCUUCCGUCUCCCCAAUUGGCAGCCUUCAUCGACCAUUCUCUUACACUGGAGUCGACUAUUUUAGGCCGAUACGAAAGCCUUCCCAGCAACCGUCAACCCGCUGGAAGCCGGAUGAUCCGCCAACAUAUCGUUCGGGCGAGGACCACGGGACCUCCACGUGGACAGCGUCCACUAAUUGGUCCGCUUCAGCCCAUCGUCAACGGCCAUCGUGAUCUGCCACCGCUUGUCGCCAUCACCGCCGUUUAG